GUGCCUGUGACAUGCAAGGCAGCUGAGAAUACAGCAAUGGGAAAAUAAUCUGCCCUUGUAAAACUUACCUUCUAGUUGGUGGGAUAGAAGUAAGACAAUGUAUUUAGAACAAAUACGUGUUUAGAAAAGUGUUAGGAAGUUUAGGAAAGUGUUUAGAGUGCAAAAGAUUGAAAAGGAGGAUAGGCAGGGUGCCAGUGCUAGUGUGGCCUGGCCAAGGGCUGCUGAGAUACCUGGCUAUUUUGAGAAGACCUAGAAGAGGUAAAGGAGAGAGCCACACACCACUGAGAGCAGGUGCAAAGCCCUGAGGCAAAUGAGUGACUGAGGCAAAUCAGUUAGGACAGGGACCAUCAGAAUGGAGCCAGGUCCAGGCUGUGGGUUGUGGCUCUAUAUAAACUUGGUGGAACAGCCAGACUCCUUCACUUUAGUAUUACGUAUGGCUGCUUUUGCAGUACAACAGCAAUCACUGCAACAAAGACUAUGUCCAAAAAUGCCAAAUGAAAAUAAUGACUGGCACAUCACAGAGUUUGCUGACUGAGUUAAAGAGUUGGCAAGAAAACCAGUGUGGCAGGUGGGAGGAGCCAGAGAAGGUCAAGAUAGAAGAAGUGAGGGGGUGUGGGAGGGUGAGCAGCUCCCUUCAGGCCUCCUGGGCCAUUGCAAGGACUUUGGACACGCUGGGGUGAGGUUAGAAAGCCCAGGAUUUUCAGCAGAGAACUGACACCACCUGACAGAUUGCUGCUGUAGUGACUGUGCCAGGCUCUUCUUACUUUGGAUGCGAAGAUUGACACUUAGGACAAUCUUAGAGAAAUUAAUUUUUGGACAUACAUUCAUACACAUGCCUGUCCUUCAUUAGGGUCAUGGACUAGGCAGACAUUACAGAGUGUCACUAAUGAGAACAUUAAGGCUUGUAAUGCAUAGCUCCCCCAAGGAUGUCCAGGCAGGAGUGGCCAACUGUCCUGCAGCUUCCUUCCUGGGGUGUGCUGCGGACACACCUUGAGCCCUAGCAUGAGUCUCUGAGGCUGCUUGGAAACUUGUCUCUCAUGUCAUCUCUAGCUGGACACAUUAGUGUUGAAGCCUGCCACACAGGAUGUCUGAAUCCGAUCUUCCACAGCACCUUGGCGUGCCUAGUGCUCUUCAUAAAAGGCAGUCACUACAAUGAUGUGCUUUCUUUGUAGUGAAAUUAAUUGAAGCACCUGGUACAAUGUUCAAAUAUUUAUCACUGCCGAGAAGCAGGGGAGAAAGUAUGGCCAGUAUACAAGAGUUUAGGCUUAGACCUCUAAGGGAGGGAACAGGAACUUCUGAGACCUAAUUGUGCUUGAAUUUCUAAAACUGCUGGCCACCCUGGAACAACAGACUAGUAGGGCUGGGGAUUUAGCUCAGUGGUUCUGGUGCCUGUUUCGAAAGUGCAAGGUCCCGAGUUCGAUCCCCAGUACCAAAAAAAUACCCAGACUAGUAGAGCCAUGGGGGCGGGGAGUAGGAUCCAACCCUCCCUGGGCUGCCUGAAGGAAUGGACCAGCCCCAGUGACAUCACAGUCCUAGGUGGUUGCAAAGGCACUGUUGGGAGAAACCACUCAUUUUUCCCCUGGAGCUCCAGGAUGUGGCUGUGAGGAGGUGGGAAAGGGAAGCAGAUGGCGACGAAGAAUAGCCCGAGCCCCACGCCCAUGGGCACAGCUCAGGGGGACCCUGGAGUGGUAGGGACACUUCCAGGGCCUGAUGCUGACAUCAGGAACACAGCUUCGACCACUGAGCAGAUGAAGCCCGGGAAGGUGCGCAAGCUCAAGGCGCUCAUCAUUGACCUGGGCUCCCAGUACUGUAAGUGUGGCUAUGCGGGAGAGCAGCGGCCCACCUACUUCAUCUCCUCCACGGUGGGCAAGCGCAGUCAUGAAGCCAUGGUGGAUGCUGGCGACACGGGCGACACCCGCAAGGAAACCUAUGUGGGCCACGAGCUGCUCAACAUAGAGGCCCCUCUGAAACUGGUCAACCCUCUAAAGCACGGCAUCGUGGUGGACUGGGACUGCGUCCAGAACAUCUGGGAGUACAUCUUCCACACGGCCAUGAAGAUCUGCCCCGAGGAGCAUGCCAUGCUGGUAUCAGACCCGCCGCUCAGCCCCAGCAGCAACCGGGAGAAGUACGCGGAGCUCCUGUUCGAGACCUUCGGUAUCCCCGCCAUGCACGUGGCAUCCCAGGCGCAGCUCUCCAUCUACUCGUACGGCAGAACCACGGGGCUGGUGGUGGAGAGCGGGCACAGGGUCUCGCACGUGGUGCCCAUCUGCCAGGGCGACAUGCUCCCGGGCAUGACCAGCCGCGCUGACUACGCCGGUAGCGACCUCACCAACUAUCUGAUGCAGCUGCUUAACGAGGCCGGCCACAAGUUCACGGAUGACCACCUGCACAUCAUAGAGCACAUUAAGAAGAAGUGCUGCUACGCGGCCCUCCUCCCGGAAGAGGAGCAGCUGGACCUGGAGGGGCUGCGCUUGGACUACGAACUCCCCGACGGCAAGGUCAUCACCAUCAGCCAGGAGCGCUUCCACUGCUCUGAGAUGCUCUUCAAGCCGGCCCUGGCAGGCUGCAGCCAGCCCAGCCUCCCUGCGCUAACUGCCGCCUGCCUGGAUAGCUGCCAGGAAGCGGGCUUCAGGGAAGAGAUGGCCACCAACGUGCUGCUGUGCGGUGGCUGCACCAUGCUGGACGGCUUCCCCGAACGCUUCCAGAGGGAGCUGAGCCUCCUCUGCCCCGAGGACAGCCCCAUAGUGACCGCUGGUCCCGAAAGGAAGACCUCUGUGUGGACCGGCGGCUCCAUUCUGGCCUCAUUGGAGGCCUUCCAGCAGCUCUGGGUCAGCAAGGAAGAGUUCGAGGAGCGGGGCGGUGCAGCCAUCUACACCAAAUGCUGAGGGGGCGGGCCCCCAACAGGCAGGCCCCGCUAUACAUUUGCAGUAUUUCACAUAAAAUGUUAUUGUGCAGUGGCUUUUGUCUGGU